AUGCAUGUCUCGACAUCAGACUACCAGUCGCCAUAUGUGCCACAGGUGCACCGCCAAGCUCAGGGAGGCAUUAUCAAGGAAUUCGCCAAGUCGACAACCUGGUCGGCGCGGUCUCUUGACUUGCUGCAGAAAGGCUGUAUCGAGAGGCUCGCCCGGGAUCACAAGUCACAUCGAGUACAACACAUGAAGUGCGGGGUGCUGGGGCGGUCCCAAAGUGCAAGUGGGAUGCGGUACACCUGGAUGAUACCCCCUGGGCCGGUGACAUGCACGUGGAGUAGAUACCUUGCUCAAUGCAUCCCCUACCUUGACAAGGACCUCUGA